AUGUCUACAAACCCGGGCACCAUGCGAGGCCCGAGCCGGACCGGCCAGCGCGGCGGCAUCCCUUUCACCCCCAAUACCCCUACGACAUCGUCUGCCUCUUCGGCAAUCCCCAGACCAGUCGAAACCACCCAUGCUGCCCCCAGCGAGAGCGGCGCCUCCUUGAGUGCCGGCAGACAAAAACAAGCAAAGCGGGACGAGGCCAUCCGCCGCAAGCUGGAGAGUGAUCUCUCCAAGAAGAAGCACCUUACCAGCCGAGCCCGCCAUUCCCGCAAAGCCCCUCCCGGCACCGUCCUUGCCCUCAAGCCUAGCCCCGCCCUUCAGAUCAAGCCCGCGACGACCGUUUCCGAGGCUGCCCAGUUGAUGGCCGCGAAAAGGGAAGACUGCGUGCUUGUUACCGACGACGAUGAGAGAAUUGCCGGCAUCUUCACCGCCAAGGAUCUCGCCUUUCGCGUUGUUGGAGCUGGGUUGAAGGCCGCCAAUGUCACCAUUGCCGAAAUCAUGACCAAGAACCCCCUCUGCGCCAGAACCGAUACCAGUGCCACCGAUGCCCUCGACCUCAUGGUCCGCAAGGGCUUCCGCCACUUGCCAGUUAUGGACGAGAACCAAGACAUCUCUGGUGUGCUCGAUAUCACAAAGUGCUUUUACGAGGCCAUGGAGAAGUUGGAGCGGGCCUACUCUUCGUCUCGCCGUCUCUACGACGCCCUCGAGGGUGUGCAGUCCGAGUUGGGCACAAGUCAGCCUCAACAGAUUAUUCAGUAUGUUGAGGCCUUGCGGUCCAAGAUGUCGGGUCCUACCCUCGAGUCGGUCCUCAACGGCAUCCCACCCACCACCGUCAGCGUGCGGACAUCGGUCAAGGAGGCUGCCCAGUUGAUGAAGGAGAACCACACCACAGCCGUCUUGGUGCAAGAUCAGGGCGCUAUUACGGGUAUCUUCACCAGCAAGGAUGUUGUCCUGCGUGUUAUUGCCCCAGGCCUUGAUCCUGCCACUUGCAGCGUCGUCCGUGUGAUGACCCCUCACCCCGACUUUGCGCCCAUGGACAUGACCAUCCAGGCUGCUCUUCGCAAGAUGCAUGAUGGCCACUACCUUAACCUCCCGGUGAUGAACGAUGGAGGCGAGAUCGUCGGUAUGGUCGAUGUACUCAAGCUCACAUAUGCCACUCUCGAACAGAUCAACACGAUGGGGACAGGCGCCGACAACGAAGGACCGGCAUGGAACAAAUUCUGGCUCUCGCUUGACCACGAGACCGAGUCCAUGGUCUCUGGUGACGGCUCCCAUCACCACACCCACCACACCCGCUCCGUCAUGUCCCCCGAUAUGUCCCGCGACAGAAUCAACGACAGCGUUGCGCCCGGCGAUUCAGCCAGCCAUGCGGGUGUUGAUUCGCCCCCCCAUAGUGCUGUGGCGCCCAUCACACCCGAACUCCCUCCCAGCGAGAUCCCAUUCGCCUUCAAGUUCAAGGCGCCUAGCGGGCGUGUCCAUCGUCUGCAAGUGACUGCUGCGCACGGCAUGGAGGAAUUUGUUGCCAACGUCGCAGCGAAGCUCGGCGCCGAGGUGGAGACUAUUGGAGGCGCACCAGCGGUUGAGGAUGGUCUGCUCUCUGGCGGAUUUGCCCUGAGCUAUCUGGAUGAUGAGGGUGAUUCGGUUUCCAUCACAACAGACCAGGAUCUCCUGGAGGCCAUUCUCCUGGCUCGUCAUGGCCAUCGCGAGAAGGUCGAUCUCUUUGUUCACCACCCCAACCAACCUCCCGUUGCCGUCGCCCCAGCGCCAGAACCGGUGGCUCACCCCACUCCUCCUGCCUCGUCAGUAGUCAGAGAGCGGAGAAAGGCACACCACGAGGAGGAGUCCGAGGAAGAGGAGGACGAAUCUGAGGAGGAGGCGCCUGUUCGCCGGAGAACCCGCACGCGAACUGCGCCUCUUCAGCAGGAACAGGUCAUUGCCGGUGUCCCUAAUGAGCUCCUGCUGCCAGGUGCUAUUGUCACAUUGGCCGUCGUUAUCAUUGGUGUGUUUGCCAUUGGUAGAGCGUCUAGCAGAUAA